CCGAUUCAAGUUCUCUGUAACCCGUAUGUUCUUUGGGCAGAAACCUUCUAAAAUUUUAGUUUCUUGUUGUAGACUGCAUGGCACGGGAGUAUGAUCACUUGUUCAAGCUGCUAAUAAUCGGCGAUAGUGGUGUCGGAAAGAGCAGCAUUCUUCUCAGAUUCGCUGACGAUGUAUUCUCUGGGACGUACAUCACUACGAUAGGAGUCGACUUCAAGAUUCGCACCAUCGACGUCGACGGCGAGAAAGUCAAACUUCAGAUCUGGGAUACGGCCGGACAAGAGCGAUUUAGGACCAUCACGUCGACCUACUAUCGAGGAACGCACGGCGUCAUCGUUGUGUAUGAUGUCACCAGCGGCGAUAGCUUUGUGAACGUGAAACGGUGGCUGCACGAAAUCGACCAGAACUGUGACUUUGUUAGUCGAGUUCUUGUUGGCAAUAAGUGUGACUGCCCUCCCGAACGGAGAGUAGUUGUUAAAGAGGAUGCUGUCAAGUUUGCAGAGCAAAUGGGUAUUCAACUGUUUGAAACGAGCGCUAAGGAUAAUAUCAACAUUGAAGCUGUGUUCAGUGCGAUUACCAAGUUGGUGUUGCAACAGAAGAAAGAGAACGGCGUGAAAACGGGAGGCGAAAAGACGACGGUUAAACUUCAAAAGACUUCGAAGCCAUCUUCUAAGAAGUGUUGCUAGCAAGUGUGGCUCAUGAUUUUGCUUUCUUCCUGUUGUGACUAUUGAAUUUAUUGCUUGUCGUAAACUCUGUCUCUUACUGGUUAUUAUUGGUAUUGCACUUGUACAUAAAGGGUAGAUGCCUGGCUUUCGCAAUUCCUAGGCGACCAUCUUUUGGAAUAAUAUGAGUAUUAUGACACAUGCCUGCAA